AUGCUACGUUCAAUUGAAGAAGCUGAUAAACCUGCCAAAAGGGGCAUGAAACCUGAAUCACAAAAUGAGGGUCCUAUAACAAAACCAUCCAAGGGCCAAACCCCCAAGAAGAGGAAAACUGAUAAAGCUGCUCCUUCUCCUCCUCAACCUAAAAAGCAGAAGAAGCCUGCAAGGAGACUUAUUCUUCAAUCCUCCAGCGAGUCGGAUUCAGAAUGCGUUCCUCCUAACCAGAAGAAAGCUCUAUCAUCAGACUCUGAGAAUGAAAGUUCAGAUGAAGAGGCUUCGGGCCAAGGGGAUACUCCACCUCGCUCCCCAACUCCAGAAAUUCCGGUUCAUACAACCUCUACCACCACUACAAAACCUACCUUCACUAUUCCCAACCCUCCAGUAACCGAACCUACUUUUACAACCAAACCUCCACCAACAACCGAACCUCCAACUACUUCUAAACCCUUAUCACCCACACCUUCUAUAGAAACAACACCAAUUUUGGGCGGUGAGGACUUGGAGUUCGACUCUACAUACUUCAGUCCUUAUCGAGUCCAGAGUGAGGAUGAUGAUGAUGGGCCUAUCACCAAACGUCAUCUCAAAGUGGUAAACGACAAGCCAGAUCAACUGCUUUCCUCCUCUUCCUCCGAGGCUUAUUCAGAUGCUGCUUUAAAGGCCCUGUUCUCAUCAGUUGUUGCAGAACAUUCAGCCUCCUUAACUGCUGCAGCCAAGGCUAUUGAAGCUUCCACUUCUCAGUGUCAACAGGCCUCUCGUGCUGCUACUGCUGCCAAGAAUGCUGCUAUAGUUAAUUCUUCUAUAGAAUCUCUUCAACAAACUCUACAGUUUGAAUGCUCGAAGGUUAAAGCAGCACGCCUUGCUAUUCAAUAG